AUGAUGUGGCCCAGACCUAGGCUGAUCUCCACCCGGCGACUCUGCACAGCAACACGGCGUCGUAUACUCGACGAAGGCGACUGGUUCUACUCAUCUGAAUGGUGGGGCACGUGCACUGAUGGCCACACCGUUUUCCGUUCUACUUCCGAUAAAGGAAACGGCAUCGUCUCCGUUCUUGCGUAUCCCUCUUCUAGACCAAGUGAGGUUGAGUGGCGAGAAACAGAGAAAUGGCUCGAUCAAAGGUAUGCAGAGGAGAUACAUAAGAAUGAUAAUAACGGAGAAGUAGCAGGAGGUUUUAGGAUACUAGGGUAUCAAUGGCGGACGCUUCAUUUUAAUGACGAAACACGACAGAGUGCUGUUAAAGUAAUGGCUGCUUAUCAUCGACAAGAAUCACAACCUUCAGCUGCAGACUCUAUAUUCCUAAUGCAGCAGCCUCUUUGUCUUGCUGUUCCAUAUUUAAAGAGUAUGGUAUCAGUUGGGUUGGCUACUAUAGCAUCUUGUAACCAUGACCUUUUGGAUGCUAUAUAUGGAAAGAGAACAAUGCGCAUUUUAUGCAUUGGUAAUGGUGGUGGAAGCUUACCAUUGUUUUUGGCUAGAAAAAUUCAAGGUGCCGUUAUCGACAUAGUUGAAAUUGAUCCCGUUGUUAUCUCCGCUUCAAUUCGAGCAAUGGGUUUCCCAGCUUUCUCAGUUAUGACCUCCUCAGGUCAGCGUGCCUUAUCAAAGCCUAAUCCCAUUGAUGAAGUGCUGUGGAAAGGCAUCCAUGAGAGACUUUACCUCUACGAAUCAGAUGCCGAGAAGUUUGUCCUCAACACCAGUAAUACGUAUGACAUGAUAUUUAUUGAUGCUUACGAUGGUGAUGAUAUCUUCCCUUGCAAGCUUUGGGACCCAGAUUCCCCAUUUCUUAAAGCUCUCAGCAAUCGGCUGCACCCAGUACAUGGAACUGUUGUAGUGAACCUUCAUUCCGACUCAGAAGCCUUAAGUGCUGAUCCAUCCAUUUCUCAUUAUUAUCAGCAACUUUUACCAAUGGGCAAGCAUGUUUCUAAAGUUUGCAGAGCAUACAAGAGUGUUCUCUUAGGAAACGGAAAGGAAGGUUCUGGUGUAGGAUUCAUUGUUGGAGUCCCUUGGGUGUGCAAUGCAUCUCUGGUUAUAUGCAGAGGUAUUGGGAUGGAUACUAGGCACUGUAGUAGGGAUUUCAUUAUGAAUGGUAUCAUAUCUAAAUCCCUUGAGGUUGAAAAUGUUCUCAACUUACCAUUCUCUUUUUUGCAUUAUAUAAAUAGAGGUUUUACACUCGUUGAUUAA